GCGGUCGGCCUGGCGGCUUUGAGGCUGUGACAAUCUGAAGUCUUGGGUGGGAUCCCAGACCAAUGGCUGGCAGCGGACUCCGGAGCUCGGAUCCCGUGAAGCGGCUGCUCCGCCGUUCCCUCUCCGUUUCCAACAUCAGCAUCCCGCUUGCUACGGCCGGAGUCCCAGCCCCCGGGUCACGAGGCUGCGAGAAUGGCGCCUUGAUGGGAAACUUCGGGAUGUUCAUCCAGGGUCUGCUCGGGGUAGUGGCUUUCAGCCUCUUGAUGCUGAAACGUUUCCGAGAACCAAAGUACGAGAGGCGACCAUGGAAGAUAUGGUUCUUGGAUACCUCAAAGCAGGCUAUUGGGAUGCUCUUUAUCCAUUUUGCCAAUGUCUAUUUGUCUGACCUGACUGAAGAGGACCCAUGUUCAUUGUAUUUGAUUAAUUUCCUGUUGGAUGCUACUCUGGGAAUGCUUCUGAUCUAUGCUGGAGUACGAAUAGUGGGUGUCCUUGUGGAAUGGCGACACUGGGAGUCUCUUCGUUUUGGCGAGUAUGGGGACCCACUGGAGUGCAGUGCCUGGGUUGGACAGUGUGCACUUUACCUGUUAAUUAUGAUGUUGGAGAAGACUGUGGUGAUUGUGGUGCUGCUCUUACCUCAGUGGAAGAAGAUAGCUUUACUGAAUCCAAUCCAGAACCCACAGUUGGAGCUGGCGAUUGUGAUGCUCAUAGUUCCUUUUUUUGUCAAUGCAUUAAUGUUUUGGGUAGUAGAUAAUUUUCUAAUGAGAAAAGGUAAAACUAAAGCUAAACUGGAAGGAGAAGUUGGAGAAGACGAAUCUAGAAGCAGUAACAAGGUCAGAUAUAGAAGAGCAGCAUCACAUGAGGAGUCUGAGUCCGAGAUUCUCAUUUCAGCUGAUGAUGAGGUGGAUGAAUCUGAAGGUGAUGAGGACCUGAGGAGACUGAUGAAUUUAAAGCCUGUUAAAAAGAAGCUGCGAUUUGGGGGCCUCCCGGUAUGACACAGGGUAGUGCUCUGUCUUUCAGAGUUAGUGGACCAUGUGGAAUCUUUUCCUGUUCCAAACUUCAGUAUGAAAAUGGGCUGCAUAAAAUGUUGGAGUGGCACAAAGAUCUGAAAGAUGAACAAAAAGACGAGAUUGCAGUGAUUGUGAGUUUAUGAUCUCAACUCUCCUCUUUGCACUGAUAGCAAACAUUCCCGAAUGAAAGUUGUCUAUUGUUUGCAGCUGCAAAAUGUAAAGGACUGUUGGAUGCUGCAAAGUAUUUUUCUUUUAGCACCAGUCAGGUUUUUGUUACCUUGUUUUAAGUUAUUAAAUCUGUCACUGAAUCUGUUUACAUGUUUCAUACAAUGCCCAAGAACUGUGAAUCCUCAACUUUCAAAGUUAAUGACCAGUAAUUGUGACACAGCAUGGUCACAGCUUAGAGGUCCAGUCAGAAUGAAAGUUCUCAGCAAUUACUAAAUUGAAAAUAAUGUGACAGCUAAAAAAAAAUCCAUAUUGAGAAAGGGUGAGGUAGCUGUCAGCCUGUUCCAUUCUUUUGUGACUUGUCCAACCUACUCCCUGUGGCCCUCUCUCCCUGAUCUCCAUCAUUUCUAGUCGAACCAUGAUAACAGUCAAAGAGUGUUGCUUUAUUUAUUAUAUAUUUACCUGAAUCAGUUGGGUUUUAUUAACUGAUUCAAGAUCGGAAUUUCUGUGGGACAAAAUGAGAGCUACUGUGCAGCACAGUUUCUUAACGGGCUAUGAUUCUUAACUGCAACAAAGUAUUCAAUUUCGAAUCCAGAUCAUCUCUUUUGGGACUUUGCUUUGCGAAGCUCACUAAUAGAGCAUUGGAGAUAUAUGUUGCCUGUGUGUUCUGAUCAAAAGCAUUCAACCAUUUAAAGCUAUUUUGUAAUAAUGUUCCUAACCCAUAUCUGCUCUGACAGACAAAUAUUAAUUAAUUGAUGACAUUAAUGUUUAUUGAGGUUUCACUUUUAAUGUAUUUUUACUGUACCUGUCAUAUUUAAAAACACUUUGGCAACUGUAACAUUAUAAAUAGUGGCAUGGUUCGUCUGCAAAAUAAACACAUUACGUGGCUGCUGCAAAUCUUUCGAAUUUGGACUUGAGGCAUAUUGUUAGAACAGAACGUGCAUUAUCCUCACCCAGUCUGGAGCCUGCCUUGGGAGUGUUUAAUGGAGACAGGGUAGAGGGAUCUUUACUCUGUAUGUAACCCUGUACUAUACCUGUCCUGGGUGAGUUUGAUGGCAGACAGUGUAAACAAAGCUUCCACCUAAAGUGCAAUACUAAUCUGUUUAUAAACUUAAUGCUCAACUUCCUGUUUCUGUAAAAAUUAGCAUGUGCCGUUGUAUUUACAUCAAUAACUUAGAAAGGAAUUGUGUCAGAAUCAAUAAUUGUGAACAAAGGCAAAAUGCCUCGAAUGCUGGAAAUCUGUAAUAAACACAGAGAAUGCUGAAGAAACUCAGUGGAUUUAACAGCAUGUGUGGAGAGAGAAAUGGUUAAAUUUCUGAAUCUAGUUUUUUGAACUGGUUCUGAAGAAAUCAUUCCAGACUUAAAUGGUUGGUCUAAUUCUGUUCCCACAGAUGCUGCCAGGCCUGCUGAGUUUCUCCAACGUUCUCUGCGUUUGAAUAAUCCUGAAGUUCAUUAUUGAAAAUAGUAUUUGGUUCUGAAACCAGUUACCAGCUUGAAAUAUUUAAUGCUUCAUUUGCUGAAGCUAUUUUUAAUCAUUUAAAAUGAAAAAAUUAAUCCAUAACACAUUAACUUUAAAGAUUUCAAAGUCAAUAUAGGUUCAGAGACUGAAUGCUAAGAGUCGGAUGUUUUUGGAGUGGAAUCAAGUGUUUGGAAACUAAUUUAAACCUAAGCAAUGCUUAAGACAGGGACUGCUGCCAUGGAAGGUCAGUACUAUUAAAAUGUGAUUUUAAAAUUAUUUCAUCAGCUGCAUUUCAACACUUUUUCUGGUUCUAGUCUUGGCGAAAUGCAACUGGUGUGAGCACUCAGAUAUGAGUGCUACUGAUUUGCUUGGUAAUUUUUAGUUGAUUUGUCUGAAUUGUCAUUUUUUUUCUCUCUAUUCACCCUGUAUAAAAUUGGCUUAAGGAGCUGAAGAUCAGGUUUUAUCCUGCAACCACUAAACAUGUCUCACAGGCUAAUUCUUAAUCAUGAAUUUGCUGGAUUUGCUAGCAUAAAACUGCUGAUGUUUAAAUUAAGCAGCAAUUUCACCUAAUACAUUUAUUAGGGACUCAGUUUACAUCUAUCCACGGCUGGUGUUUCUUCUAACAUUUUAUUGCUAAACUUAAUCAUUUGGAAAACUAGACAUUUGAUACACUAGUUUUUAGAUGCUUAUUCAUAGUUCAUUCAUGUAAGUGUUUAUAUAAAAUUUGUAGCAUAUUUGCCUACAUUUAUAGAGAAUGUUAAUGCAACUAACUUAACUGAAAUUUUAGCUUGCAGUAAUGUUUUUUCUGAUUCGAAUGUAAGUCACUGCUUUGGAUAAAGUGCCUCGUUCUGAAAAAGUAAAGUUGUGAUCAGAACUCUUUUUAAAGUGAAUUUAAGGCAUAAGACAAUUUUUUAUAAUCAAACAAAAUGCAAAAUGGGAGAAGUUUUACAUCUGUGUCAUUCAUGGCACGUUUGUGUUCUGAUUAUUUAUGGCUAUAUUUAACUCUCAAACUACCAGUCUGAAAUAAUGGGUGAAACGUGUUCCGGAACAUACAAGUAGAGGCAUGGGAAAAUAGUUAAUGAUAUGGUGCUUUUGCCCUCGAAGCUCGAAUAGAGCAGUGUCUUAUGUCUUGGAUAUUGGGAUAAAACUGGUGCAGCAACAGUAUCUCGUGUCCAGCGCACUGGGAUAGAUCUGGUAUUGUUGUCAGUAGGCAUGGCUGUCUCUUGAUUCAGGAUGAGGUCUAUUCAGGGUCACAGGUUUCUGCAAUAUUUCAUUUGACUGAAGAGGCAGAUUCUGAAUCUGCAAAUCUUUGUGUUCAUGUGACAAGAUGUCAUACAAAGUAAGGAACCUAGAAUGCAAGAUUUGCUUUCUUCUCUGCAGCUGCUGUGCCUCACCAUUAGGGCACUGGGAUUCAAAGUCUGAUGCAACUUGAUAUACAAGCCAUUGUCAGCUUGAAUGAUUGAUAAUGAGCUCCUCUUGGUCAUUGAUGUUAAUACUGCCAUGGUUCAAGGAUGCCCAGGGUAUUUUUGAAGCUUUUACUUGAUCCCUAACCUUAUAGAGUCAUUGUCAUAGAGUCGUACAGCGUGGAAACAGAUCCUUCAGUCCAGCCAGUCCAUGCCGACCACGUUUCUAAACUGAACUAGACCCACCUACCUGCACUUGGCCCAUAUCUCUCCAAACCUUUCUUAUUCAUGAUCUUAUCCAAAUGUCUUUUAAAUGUUUUAACUGUACCUGCAUCCUCUGGCGGUUCAUUCCACACAUGAACCACUCUGUGUUUUUAAAAAAUGUUGCCCCUCUUGGCCUUUUUAAAUUCUUCUCUCACUUUAAAAGUAUGCUCUUUAGUUUUGAACUCCCCCAUCCUAGAGAAAAGACCCUUGUCAUUCAUCUUUUCUGACCAGAUGAGUCUAGACAAAACAGGACCUGGCAGGGACGAUGUUUUUCAAUUUAUGGAUCAUGUCUGAUACUCCAUGGUUGAUUUUGCAGGAAUUUGCCUAAAUAGCCAUGGACCUGGCUUCAAAAAUGACAUGCAGUUUUGUUUGAUGAAUUUGGAGAUUGAAUCUGGAGAAUUCAGCAGAGACAUUGCUCUAGAGUCUCUUUAAGCCUGGUACAGUCUAGAUCUAGAAUGCAGUGAUAACAAAUUAUAGAACAAUACAGCACAGGAACUUGCUUUGUAUAUUUGGGCAUCAGUUGACUUACAGAUGUGUUUGUCAAGACACUCCGUGCCAAAGCUUAGUGAAGGCUGAUCUGAUGCAUCUAAGCUGGUGCUGGGUCUCCUUGUUAAUGGUGUUUUUCUGAGAGAGUGACUGCCAGCAUGUGAAGUGAGAAUUACUGAACAUAUUGCAGAGUCUUCACUUACAACAUGCGGGAGCUAGAAUGUUUGGCUGGAAAGGUCUGGGUUGAUAUGAGUUAGUGUUAUGUGGUGUCAAUAUACUCUAGCCUGGUGUCCCCAAAUUAUUUUUCUGAAAUAAGUUUUCUGUUUAACUCCCAGUAAUCCAAAUGAUGAUCUGGAACAUCAAGCCAUUGAGUAAUACAGCAUAAAAACAGGCCUUUCGGCCCAAACUGGUCCAUGCUGAUAAGGUUGAACCUUGAUAAGGUUCCACAUGGUAGGCUAUUGGAGAAAAUACAGAGGCACGGGAUUGAGGGAGACUUAGCAGUUUGGAUUAGAAACUGGCUUUCUAUAAGAAGGCAAUGAGUGGUGGUUGAUGGAAAAUAUUCAGCCUGGAGUCCAGUUACCAGUGGUGUGCCUCAAGGAUCUGUUUUGGGACCACUGCUGUUUGUCAUUUUUAUAAAUGACUUGGACGCAGGCAUAGGUGGAUGGGUUAGUAAGUUUGCAGAUGACACUAAAGUUGGUGGAGUGGUGGACAGUGUGGAAGAAUGUUGCAGGGAGACUGGGAUAAACUGCAGAAUUGGGCUAAAAAGUGGCAAAUGGAGUUUAAUACGGAUAAAUGUGAGGUGAUUGACUUUGGGAGGAAUAAUAGGAAGGCAGAGUACAGUGGCAAUGGAAAGAUUCUUGGCAGUGUGGAUGUGUAAAGGGAUCUUGGUGUCCAUAUACAUAAAUCCCUGAAAGUUGCCACCCAGGUUGAUAGUGCUGUUAAGAAGGCUUACGGUGUGUUAGGUUUUAUUGGUAGAGGGAUUGAGUUCUGGAGCCGUGAUGUCAUGCUGCAACUGAACAAAACACUAGUGCGGCCUCAGUUGGAAUAUUGCGUGCAAUUCUGGUCGCCCCAUUACAGGAAGGGUGUGGAAGCAUUGGAAAAGGUGCAGAGGAGAUUUACCAGGAUGUUGCCUGGUCUGGAGCGCAGGCCCUAUAAAGAAAGGCUGAGGGACUUGGGUCUGUUCUCAUUGGAGAGAAGGAGGCUAAGAGGAGAAUUAAUAGAGACAUACAAGAUGUUCAGAAGAUUAGAUAGGGUGGACAGUGAGAGUCUUUUUCCGAGGAUGAUGACUUCAGCUUGUACAAAGAGGUAUAGCUACAAAUUGAGGGGUGAUAGAUUUAAGACAGAUGUCAGAGGCAGGUUUUCUACUCAGAGAGUAGUAAGGGUGUGGAACGCCCUGCCUGUCAAUGUAGCUAACUCAGCCACAUUAGGG